AGAUCCAAUCAUGUCAUCCGCUUGUGUCAACACAAUGACGGCAAGUACAGCAAACCACCUUUGGUCCCUGGAUGAUGUUCUUGGUCAGGGGGCGACAGCCAGCGUCUUCAAAGCACGAAACAAAAAAACAGGUGAGCUGGUGGCCGUGAAGGUCUUUAACUUGGUGAGCUACAAUAGGCCGUAUGAGGUGCAGAUGAGGGAGUUUGAGGUGCUGCAGAGGCUCAAUCACAUCAACAUUGUUAAACUCUUUGCUGUGGAGGAGAUGCAUAUGAACCCGAAGCAGAGGGUUCUGGUGAUGGAGUUCUGUUCAGGUGGCAGUCUGCUGAACCUGCUGGAGGAGCCUGAGAAUGCGUUUGGACUUCCUGAGUCCGAGUUCCUCAUCGUAUUGCAGUGUGUGGUCCAAGGAAUGAACCACCUGCGGGAGAAUGGAGUAGUGCAUAGGGACAUCAAACCUGGAAAUAUCAUGAGGCAAGUGGGUGAGGAUGGCCGCUCGGUGUACAAGCUUUCAGACUUUGGUGCUGCCCGUGAGUUGGAGGAUGAUGAGAAGUUUGUGUCCAUAUAUGGCACAGAGGAAUAUUUGCAUCCAGACAUGUAUGAGCGUGCAGUAUUGAGGAAACCUCAGCAGAAAACUUAUGGUGUGUCUGUGGAUCUGUGGAGCAUUGGCGUCACCUUCUACCAUGCUGCCUGUGGCAGUCUUCCCUUCAUACCAUAUGGAGGCCCACGCAAAAACAGGAAGAUCAUGUACAAGAUCACGACAGAGAAGCCAGAGGGAGCCAUAGCAGGUGUGCAGAAGGUGGAAGAUGGACCCAUUGAAUGGAGCUACCAACUGCCACACAGUUGCCAACUCUCAGAGGGUUUGAAGACUCAACUGAUCCCAGUGUUGGCCAGCAUACUGGAGGCCAAUCAGGAGAAGUGUUGGGGCUUUGUCCAGUUCUUUGCUGCUACCACUGAUAUCCUGAACCGCAUCACCGUCCACAUCUUCUCUCUCCAGCAGGCCACAACACACAGCAUCUACAUCCACUUUCACAACACGGUCUCAAUCUUUUUUGAGGAUGUUCAGGCCCAAACUGGAAUUGAACCUGCGGCUCAACGGUACCUGUUUCAGGGUCAUCCUCUCAUUUUGGAGCCGAGCAUGAAAGUAGUAAACCUUCCUCCCACCAGUCCAGACCGCCCUAUCAUUCUGAUCAGCCGACAACCAGAGAAAUUAGGAGGACAUCCAUACAGAGAACCUGAAGCCCCCGCCAUGCCCACAAAGUUUGACGUCAUGGCAGAUUACACUUUCUCCAAGAGCAUUGUUGGGGUCAUUCAUCAGUACCUGCGUAUAGCUCGCUCAUUCCAGAAGUACAGAGAAUUGGUUCUGCAGGGGUUCUAUGGCUACAUUGAAAACACAGGCUUUGAAUGCAAUAAUGUGGCGCACAGGAUUGCCAUGGUGAAUAUGAAGCUGUUUUCUUCUAUCAGCACAGAAGAGAAUCUCAAUUGGUUCACUCAGAAGUUUGCACAUGAGUUUCCCGAAUUUAUAGACAAUAAGAAGACGCUCUCACUGAUACAAGAGGAUUUGCAGCGAAUGUACACCACUGGAAUCAGAGAUUUCCCGAAUCAACUACAGCACCUGCAUGUGAUGCUGUCUAAACACUCUGAGACACUGGCCCAGGAUAAGAGCAUCCAGAAGAUGGAGGUUUUGUCGGGGAAGAUUGUUGCAGUUCAUCAGCAGUAUUACAACGACCGAGUGGCAGGAAAGCUCAGCUAUAAUGACGAACAGAUUCACAAGUUUGAGAAGCUCAAUCUGUCUUCAUACAUAAAGAAAGUCAAGACUUUAUUCAAGGAUGACUGUUUGCAGAAGUACCAGGAUGUUCUGAAUGCUGCUGGGAGCUGGAACAGAGUUCUCUAUGAGAUACAGACAAGUCUAGAACAUUUUGGUGGUGUCCUGCGGCAGAGACUGGCGGAUCUGCAUGUGUGUGAGGCCCAGCAGAACAAGGUUCUUGACAGAGUUGUGUUAAGAGCUCUCCACCAGCCAACAGGAGCUGAGGGGGUGGAUGGACCGAAAAAAGAUGAGCACAUGAUUUUCAAAAUGAACAGAUUAAAGGAUGAGAUGGAGGCUGUGGCACGGGAGCUGCAGAAUAACAACAAUAUGAUAGAAAGCCUUUCUGUAGUUACUUCUACACUUCCAGUGGUGACAAAAAUACCUCAACCCAACCGACCAUGAAGACCUCAAAGAAUACAGAAUGCAACACAAUGUCACAGAGCCCAGAUCUCUGAGCUAAAAGGAAAGAGAAAGCAAAACGAAUCAAAGACAAUACAACAGGCACCACAAAACUGUUCUUAUUUCAACCUCUCUAACCCUAAACAACAGAUUAAUGGCUGUUACCAGGGCAGGCAGCUGAAAUUGCAUG